UUUUCGAACUAUGGUUUACUGUACCUACCUAAUUAGGACCUACUGUGACUGAGGUUUACUCAUACGGUCCAAAGCACCAAAUCCUCUCAUACGAACCCGUCAAAUCCAUCUUGAUCCGUUUUGUUAACUUAGCUUUAAGUUUCCGUUUUUUUGCUGAGAAACAGUACUCUCUUUUACAGAUCAUCAACUCGAAUCCUCCGUUUAAUUUUCUCGUCUCUCUAUGAGAUUUUACUUCUAGGGUUUGUUGUUUGAGCUCAAUUCCACCAUUUUUUUUUCGAUUUUAAGCAUUAUCCAUGUUUUGAUUUGUCCUUUAAUUAGAAAGAGAUGAAAUUGUGCUGAGAUUUCAACGUUGCUUCCAUAAAAGUUGCCAUUUUUGUAGUUUUCUUGGGAAUAAUUUCCUGGGGCUGUUUGUUUCCAGCUGUCGACGGUAGAAACAUUACCGAUAACUAUCGCUUCGGACAGCGGACCACGAGAUUCUAAACUGAAGGAUGAGGAAACCGACAAGCUCUAAGGUCGGUACGACAAAUGUGAAGAAGGAAAUAAUUGAGAUUGAUUCAGAUUCAGACACAGAUGAAGUUGGUGGUGGGAUGCUGGCUCUUUGUUGCGGUGAAGUGAGUGCAUCAUGCAAGCCACUUAAUACUUCUGCUGAAAAUGUUGAAACCAACACAACCUUUAGUAUGUCGAUGGUUUUAGCUGAUGAUUCCGAUCCCGAUUCCGGUUUGGAAUGUGAUGUGGAAUAUAAGAAGUACUUGGCAAGCUAUACGUUAACCCUCCCAUCUUUGCUUGAGAUGGACACUUCUCCAAUGCGUCUUAUGUACAACGUUGAUGAUGAAGCAACUGAUAGGAGUGAAGGCAGAGCAGUCAAAGUUGGGAAGCGUAGAGCAAGGUCUCCUUUGAUUUCCAGUUUUUCAAAGAAGUUGAAGACUGAGAAUGGUGAAGCAGAUCAUAAGUCGAUUUCGAGGACUGUCGAAGAAACCAAACAAAAGAAAGGGGAUGCUCGACAGGGAAGGAAGGCUGCUUUGACCAAGAACACUAUCAAAUUAGAGCCUACAAGUGAUGUUAAAGACACCAAACAAAUGAAAGAAGACGGUCGAAGGGGAAGAAGAAAGAGUUCUGUCAUCAAGAAGAAGAAAAUCGAGUCAAAGCCUACAAGUAAUCUCAAAGGCACCAAAGGAAGGAGGAGUUAUGUGACCAACAACAUUUUCAAAGCCUGCAAGAAGGAGAAUGAGGAGAGCAGCGCAAAGAGAAAUGCAAAUUCUCAGACGGUUUUGAGGGCUUCAAAGAGAGUGAAGGCUGUAAAAACUAUCCCAGUGGUGAACACCAAGAAAACCCAACGAAAGCAAGAGGAUGCUCGACGAGGAAGGAAGAGUUCUGUGACUAAGAUCAAUUUUAAAGCCUGCAAAAAGGAGGAUGAGGAGAUAAAUGAAAAGCCUCAGUCGGUUUUCAUAGCUUCAAAGAGGGUGAAGGCUAAAAUUGGGAGAGCAGAUCAUAACUCGAUUUCAAGGACUAUCCCAGUGUUUAACACCAAAGACACCAAACGAAAGAAAGGAGAGACUUCGCGGGAAAGGAAGAUCCAUGUGACCAAGACCAAUGUUAAAUCAAAGUCUUCACGACCACUUGUUAAAGACAACUUACUUAACAGCUUCAAAGCUCGCAAGAAGGAGGAUGAAGAGAGCCGGUCUUUAAAUGAUAAAAGCUAUGAAUAUUUCUUAUCAUAUCUAAGAAAUUCCAUUACUAUCUUUGAGCCGGAUCGAAAAGUGAAGCCUGAAAAAGAUAAAGUUUCUUUGUCCGAUCCUGAUAUUAUUGCAAUCAGUAAUUAUCCAUUUUCUGAUGGAGGCGAUUCCACAUUCCAGGCAAACAAAGACGGCAAAGUGAUAGAUCUUGAAGAUGGUAUUGUACCUGACAAUAUACUCAAUUCUUCGUUUAGCAAGAAGCUGUUGGAAAUUCUCAGAAAGCCUUAUGAUAAAAAUGAGUUUCUGCAACGAUGUACUGAGGCAUCACGCAAGAGGCAAUUGACCCGGACUAGGCAAUUACGAGAUGGAAAAGAGAUCGAAUAUCAAGUUGAGGACCAGUUGGGACCUUCAUAUCUCGAACAGUAUCCAGAUUUCAACAAGAAGUUUCGUCAUUGUCGUUAUGGGAAGGAUCUUCCUAGAGCUUUGAACCUAUUGCGCGGAUUUUUCUUUUAUCUCGAGAACAUAGUUCUUGAAGGUGCAUUCAAACCCUGGGUGCAUGAAAAACUUGUGGAGAGAGAAUGCCAAGUUAUUGUAUGCAUCAAGUAGGGCAGCACUGCACAGCCCUUAAAGAGUACAACAGGAAGACGAAUUACAAGAUUUUUUUGGCUCCGUUUAUAACGUGUUCUCUUUCGUUUCACAACCACAACUAUAAUGUUUCCCCAAAAAAGAAAGAAGAUGAAAAUAGCGAAA